UGCAAUAAAGAAGCAAAUAGCAGAGAGAAGAAGCAGCAAAUCAGUUGGGCUCCAAUGUGGCUCCCUACUUCAGAUUCCUGACCUCUACACAUUUUCAUCCCCACCCUAAAGGCAACCAAUGUCAGUGAUCACCAGGGUCACUUAUUAUUGUGUCACUAAUGUUAUCCAUUAUGAAAUGACACCACUAUCGAUAACCCAUCAUUACUGCUUGAGUGCUUGUCACCAGAUGACAUCAGAGGGCAGCUGAAUCAAGAACAGUACAUUGAGAUGCUUACUGAGACUUCACCUCCAUUUUCAAUCUGAUGAUAAAACAAGCUAAACAAAGUUCAGACUACAGCCCACCCUUUGGAGGGUGUAGCUAAGUGACAAAAUGCUUGAACUCAAUGAUGGCAUGAGCAGCUGUUUCCCUCUGCUGCACCCUUCCUCCCACCAGAUGCAGCUUAAUCAAGCUCUCUGGAAGGAGAACCAGUUGCUUCAAGAGGAGAAUCAGGUCCUCCGGGAAGAGAACAAGGCUUUCCGUGUGGAGAACAAGGUCUUCCACAAAGAUAAUCAAGCCCUUCGAGCAGAGAACCAAGCCCUUUCUGAUGACAACAAGAUCCUCCAGGAGAGGAAAAUGGAUUACUUUGAAGAGAAAAAGUUUCUUGAGAAGCAGGAAAAGGCCCUCCGAAAACAGAACAAAGCCCUUUGGGAAGAAAUCAAGGCUCUCCAAGAACAGGAAAUAGCCUUCCAAAUGGAGGAAAAAGCACUUCAGGAAGAGACUGUGGCCCUAUGGGAAGAGAACAAGGCCUUCCAAGCGCAGAUUAAGGCUCUCCAGAAGGAUGAGAUAGCCCUUCAGGAAGAGGAAAAGGCCCUUCAGAAUCAGGGGAAAGCCCUCCAGGAGGAAAAAAUUGCCCUUCGUGAGGAGAACAGGGCCCUCCAUGAAGAGAACAAGGCCCUUCAAAAGGAGAAGAAAGCCCUUGAUGAGGAGAACAAAGCCCUCCAAGAAUGGAACAAGAUCCUUCAUGGAGAGGAAUAAGGCCAUCUAGGAAGAUAAGGCUCUCCAGCAGGAGAAAAGAAGAACUUUAUGCAGGGGGACAAUAACCUGAAACUGUAAUUAGAUCAUGGUCCAGUUUGCAGACAAGAAGAACAACAUGGACAAAGGGAGAUGAACUGGAUGUAGAUAAGCCUGUUGGGCUCAGUGCCAAGACCUAGAAAGUUCACAUGUGCUAAAAUAAGUUGGGUAUCUACAUUCUUGAUCCCAGAAAUUAAUAAAGUCCUACUGGAG